GGAAAAUCGAAAGUCCAGAUAAACAAAUAAAUACAUACAACGCCACUCCGCUCCGAUGGCAUGUAUAUCUAACUCAUAACAAUAGAAACAUCCCUUGCUCUCAAUAGCUAUAAUUUCCCAAACAAAAUAUAGUAAGUUUUUAAUUGAAGGCAUGGUUUUACAGCAGACAAUUUGAUAUACACCCUCUUCGUCCGCCAGUCGUCCCCGCAAACCGCAAAUCAACCGCAAACCAAGCACUGGUUACCCCUCUAUUUUCCUAAAGUGCGCCCCUGUUUAUCCACCAUUUUGUGCCCGCCUGGCUUCUGCUAGCCAAUAUGGUUCUCGACUAUAGCAAAUGGGAUGCCCUCGAGCUCUCUGAUGACUCCGAUAUCGAGGUGCAUCCCAACGUCGACAAACGGUCUUUCAUUCGCGCGAAACAGAAUCAGAUCCACCAACAGCGCAUUCAGCGCCACCAGGAAAUCGAAAGCCUGAAAUACUCCCGUAUUAUAAACGAUGGACUGUUAAAACGCAUUGAUGCUCUGAUAACCUCACUCAAGAGCCAUGAAGACAGCUCCAGGAACCCAGAUGAGCUUAUUUUCCAGGCCCUAAUCGAGUCUGCUGGCGACCCUAACGAAGAUACUCCCCCGCCAGCUCCUGAAGGUGUAUUUACGCAGGAAAAGGAACAGCCCAAGUACUCGCAGAUGAUGGGGUCAUUGGUGGACCAGGUCAAGAAAGAGCUGGAUGAAUCCAAAACGGAAAAUCGGUUCCAGGACUACAUAAAAGGUGUGGAGGGGCAUAAGAAUAAAGUCUUGGACCUACAACAGCAGUUAUUGGAGAAGCUCGCUGAGUUGGAGAAAGAGGAGUCCAGAAAAAUUACCAGCGAAAGCAUACGUACCGGCUUUGACAGCAGCUUUGUUAACAAGUCGAAACCCAAAGCUACGGAAUCUGAGGAGAAGAAAACGGGAGCUACUACUUCGGUUGAGCUGCUGAAUCCAGGUGCAGCCAAGAGCACAAAUGAGGCAGACGUAGUCUCCUCUGGAGCUGAAGCUGAUGUUGAAGACGAGGGAGAUGAAGAUAACAUUAAGGUCACCCCGCUGGCUAAGCGAUUUGCCAAAUUCAAAAUCGGCGACUACAGCGGUUGUCUGCAAUUCAUCGCUGAUCACCCGGAGAUUCUGACGGAGCGCAAGACGGAUGAACUACUUAUGGAAGGCUUCGACGCCCAGCUAUCCGGGAAUGAAGAGUAUGCCCGCCAAUGUGUGCAUCAAGGCUUACUGCUUCAAUACUGUCGCUCUCUUGGCCGUGACGGCGUAGGCCUCUUCUUCAAGCGCAUAACCACAAAGGACCACAAAGCCUCCGUCCUCUUCUACAACGACGUAAACGAAACAUACGGCAAGAUGAAAACGCGCGCCGCAGAGCUCGCCAAGAACGCCACCGGCGGCCCUACAGAGGUUGAACAAAUCCAGCUCCACGCCGUCGACCCGAAUACGAAACUCAACAUCAAAAUCCCCUCGCCCGAAGACACGGAUGCCGACUCGGUUGCGGCGAUGGAGAUGUUCAAAACCUUCCCGCCCGGCCUGCAGCGGGCGCUUCAAUCCGAGAGCCUGGAUGAAGUUAAUAAGGUUCUUGGGAAAAUGAGUGUGGAGGAGGCAGAGGAGAUUGUGGAAAAGUUGGGGAAUAGUGGGAUUUUGACGAUGGAGGAAGGGAUUGUGGAUGCGACGACGGAGGAGGGGAGGAAGUGGUUGAAUGAGAUGGAAGGGCAGAAGGGGAAGGGAGAGGAGGAGGAGAAGGGAGAGGAAGGGAAGGAGGGAGAGGAGGGAGAGAAGGGAGAGGAAGAGAAGAAAGAAGCUGUUGGGGAUCCUGAGUGAAUAGGAAGAUUGUUUCGGUGUACAUUUGAGGGGGCGUGGGUUUUUUUUUACUUUUUUUUUUUUUUUUUUUUUUUUUUUUUUUUUUUUUUUUUUUUUUUUUUUUUUUGCGGAUGAACCAUGGAGUGCCAGGGAGUGAUAAUUACUAAUCUACUGUGAGAAGUUCGUUCUAUCUACUGUCUAUGAAAAAAAGCCAAGGUGAGGGGGAGGGGGUUAUCUGAUUUUUGGCAUUCUUUUACAUACCGAACAGCUAACUAACUCAUGAACUCAUUCAGAAUGCAUGCAGCUGACAACUAACUCGAAGCAAAGCACAAAGGUCUCACUCACUCUACCAAGAAGGAACAAUAAUGAAAGUGAAAAAAAUCAAUGGGGUUAAAUAGUGUUACAUCCCACACCAGGAGUCAUUUACAAUUUUCGAAGCCCUGUUCUUUUGUUUCUCCUUCCCAUUUGAUAACCCUGAUCACAUCUUACUCUUAAUGCCCCUGACAAUGUAAUGUAUGUACAUGUACAGCACAUUAACUAUGACCACACCUUUCACCGUUGUAUGCUGUAUAAAACAAGUGCCAUAAAACUUGAAAAUGAAACAACAAAUAUUGGGCGAAAAAAAUAGUAGAGGAGCUUGGAUACUAUAGUAUAGUGUCAGCCAAGAUUUACUUUGUCAUGGAUGACUUCU